AGCAAUUCAACGAACAGGGAAGAUGGUGGACUUUCAUGAAUCGUUUCUGCUUGUUUUCGGCGCCUUGCAGAAAUAAUUCGCAUUAACUCGCACGUUCCACUGCAGCUGAAUUUGUUGCCGCUUUGCAAUGUUUAAAAAAGCGAAAAGGUGCAAUUUCAGACGCCGGAACGAUUCUGACGACGAGGAAAAAGAGGAGGUCCAGGAUGAGUCGAGUCAGGAGGUGCUGCAGCCGCAGCCAUGCGGGCCCGGAGCGGACAGCGCGCCCACAGCCGCCGCCGACACGCUUACCGCCAGUAAUGCUGUCAAUAGUCAUGGAAAUGGACUUCAAAUGGGACUCAUGAAGCUUUCUAAAGACAAGAAAAAGAAGAAGGAAGGCAAAGAAGAACCUAAAGCCAGCUUACUCAGCUUCAACGAUGAAGAAGAGGAUGCUGAAGUUUUCAGAGUAAAGAAAUCUAAUCACAGUAAGAAGAUUGUCAAACAACUCAAGAAGGAGUACAGAGAGGAAAAGAGCAGCCAUGUUGUGCAGGAACAGACACGCCUCGAUGGCGUUCAGUGUCUGCCUGGUGCGGGUGUUAAAGAGGAGGCAGUAGACAGCAGGGGCAGCAGUGAACAAGGCGAAGGUGAGAUGGAGGUGGACAGUAAUGAUGAACAUGAUGACGAGAAUGAAGCCAGCCAGGGCGGAAACUUCUCUCAGACUCUGUCCGCUCUUAGCUCACUCAGACCAGGUGAGAUCCCAGACGCAGCCUUCAUUCACGCAGCCCGUAAACGGCGGCAGAUGGCACGAGAGCUUGGCGGCGACACUCCACUUGUGGAGACGGAAGUGUCAAGUAAACGCCUGGUCCGUGAGGACGAGCAAGGUGGAAGUGACGAUGAAGAUGAGAAGAGGAUCGUGUUUAGUGGAGUCAAGCACAAGAGCCAGCGUCAGAAAAUAGCAGAGGAAAUCGGUAUUGACUGCAGCGAUGAUGAAGCCUUGAAUACUGAAGGUCAUGAUGAGGAAGUCAGUCGCUGGGAGCAGGAGCAGAUCCGGAAAGGCAUUAGCAUUCCUCAGGUCCAAACCAGUCAGCCAGAGGAUGCGAAUAUAUAUUACCAAACUGGCUACGAGAACCAGCAGUAUGCAGCAUCAUAUAGCGUGCCAUAUGGAUACACAGCGCUUGGGCCAGAAGGUGUCAAACCUGUGAAAGCGGAGAACACCAUGCCCUACCCGAUCCCCAGCAGCAGCCUUACUCCCAUCACUACAGCUCUGGUAAAGAAACGGCUCAUGGACAGGCUGAGCUCCAUGCGUCAGGGGCGUGAUGCCAGCGCCCGGCGCUACGAGCAGAUCCAGGAGGAGCUGCAGGCUUCCGACAAUAGCAUCCUGCAGCUGGACGGCUCCUCGCAGCACGCCGCUGAGCAGUAUAAAUUCUUGCAAGAAAUGCGAGGGUAUGUUCGAGACUUGCUUGAGUGUUUCAAUGAAAAGGUGCCUGCCGUUCUGGAGCUGGAGGCUGCAAUGCACCAGUUACUAAGGCAACGGGCGGUGCGGCGAGUCCAGAGAAGACAGGAUGAUAUUAAAGAUGAAUCAGCGGAGUUUUCGAGCCUUUCAAGUAAGGCUGUUAUGGCCCCAAAUCUGGACCAUUUUGGCAGAGAUCGUGCAGCCUAUCAGGAGCUCAGCAGGCAGAGGAGGGUAGCAGAGCGUGAGGCCCGGAGAGCUCGCCGCAGACAGGCUCGAGAACAGAGUGGGGCGAGGGCCGAACACAAGGAGGGACUGUCCAGCGAUGAUGAGGAGACCUCCACUGACACAACAAGCUUUAACCUAGAGAGAGAUCGUAUUUUAAAAGAAUCAAAGAAGGUGUUUGAGGAUGUGAUUGAUGAUUUCCAUUCCUUGGACUGCAUCAAGUCUCGGUUUGAGGUGUGGAAGAACCUUUACUUCACGUGCUACAGAGACGCAUACAUCGGCCUGUGCCUGCCAAAACUUUUCAACCCCCUGAUCCGGCUGCAGCUAAUCCCGUGGUCGCCUCUGGAGGAGGACUGCCCAAACUUUGAGUACAUGCUAUGGUUUGAGACUCUGCUCUUCUAUGGUUAUGAGGAGCAGAGGACUGAGCACCAGGAGGACAUCGAUAGUGGUCUCCUGCCUGCUAUCGUUGAGCGGGUGGUGCUCCCCAAGUUUGCAGUGCUAGCGGAGCAGGUGUGGGAUCCGUUGUCCCACAGUGAGACGUGCAGGCUGGUGGCUUUCAUGCGGCGCCUAAUAAAAGGCUACCCUACCAUUUUACAUGGAGACAACCGCAACACACAGGAGCUGCUGAGGACAAUUGUUCUGCGCACACGAAGGACGCUAGAUGAGGACAUCUUCAUGCCACUGUUUCCAAAAAAUGUCAUGGAAAACAAGAACUCAAGUCCUUAUCUCUUUUUCCAAAGGCAGUUCUGGUCCUGUGUGAAGCUCCUAGGGAACAUCCUGCAGUGGGAUGGCAUCCUGUCUCAGAACAGCCUGAAGGAGCUUGCUGUUGACAGCACACUAAAUCGUUACAUUCUCUCGGCACUACAGUCAACAGAUGUCGGGGAGGACAGCGUGGAGAAAUGCAGGAAGGUGGUGGAGUGUUUUCCUGUGCAGUGGUUCAGCAGUCUAAAAGGUCAGCAGACUCUGCCGCAGCUGGAGAACUUAUGCCGUUACAUGAAGCACAUGGCCAGUUCACUGUAUCGUAACAGCCUGACAGCUUCUGAUGUGGACAAGAGGAUAGCAAGGGAGCACAUUAAGGAGGUGGUGAAGCUUCUUGGUCGACUUAAUGCUUUGGAUCAUGUGAUCACUGUCGCCUCAGACCAUGGAAUUAAAGACAUUAAGACAUUGCUGGAGUGUAAAUGAAGGAAAACUACCUUGAGGAGCCCUGGUUCAGAAUGAGUCAUGAUUGGCUGUCAGGGUGCACUGUGUAUAAAUUGUUGAUACUGUAUAUUUCUUCACUUCAAGAGGUUUUUUGUUGUUGUUGUUGUUGUUUUUGAUGCCUUUUCAACUUUGAGGUGUUAUCUUCUACUCUGGUGUUCAGGUGGAUGUACAUGAGUGCUUGAAUUUACAGUGUGUCGAGGUUGGCUUUAAUCUGCAGUGGACUGUUUAAAUUUAUAACCCGCCUACUUGUGGGCUUUUCAUCUGUUUCAGUGGCAAAGACCCAGAUUUACUUUUAUUCCAGUGACUCAGCAACUUUUUAAAAUUGUCAAUAAAAUGUUAUACCCAUCUGCUGCAGUAUGAUUGGAUGCAGCUUGGCUGUAGAAAUAGUACAUGCUCCUUUUGCUUGCAUGACACACACAUCCUGGUCACUCACCCCAGUUUAAUAUGACAUUUUGUGCAUUUUUAAAAUAAAUUUUGAUUCAGUGUUUUAUUAACCUGAAUAAAAAAAUCAGUUUCUGUUGAAAA